AGUUGGUGUUGUUUGUUUGUGGAGACAGCAGCCAAUGAGCGCGUCGCGGGGCGGAGACUCCUCGUUUAACGUGCACGUGAAUAGCGGAUGUGGAUGCAGUAGCAGCACGUCUCAGCAUCAUUUAACAUCACUCUCAAUGGACUUUACACUCUCCCCUCAUCUCACUCUGCAUCCCCAUCACUCGCACCAGGGCUACAGUCUGGAAUUACAAUCAACAUACUUUCACUUCUCCAUGAAGUCUACAGAGGUGGAUGCAGGGCUCUUCACUGACAGCUACUGCAGAGUGUGCAGCGCUCAGCUUAUCUCUGAGUCACAGAGAGUCGCCCACUAUGAGAGUCGAAAGCAUGCAAACAAGGUUCGGCUGUAUCACAUGUUACACCCGGCGGAUGGGGGCUGUCCUGCAAAGAAGCUCCGGACAGACAAUGGAAGUUCAGAGGGAGACGUGGAUAAGAACAAAUGUUGCACGCUGUGCAAUAUGUCGUUCACUUCAGCUGUCGUGGCCCAGUCGCACUACCAGGGCAAGAUCCACGCCAAGAGAUUGAGACUACUGCUGGGGGAGCCACCUGCCAUCAUAUCUAAAGAGGUGACAUCUAGUUCAGAGCAUAUGGUGACUGAAGUCUCCUCAGGAUGUCCUUCCAGGCAGGGCAGACUCUCACAUCGCUACUGCCAGAUGUGCAAAGCCUGGUUCAACAACCCCGGCAUGGCCAGACAACACUACGACGGCAAGAAGCACAAGAAAAACGCAGCCCAAGCAAACCUCCUCGCUCAGCUGGGCAAGAAUCUGGAGAACGGAGAGGAACUGAACGGCCUGAAGCGGAGUCACACAUGUGACGUCUGCCAUGUCACACUCAACUCUGUAGCACAAUACCAUGCACAUCUGCAAGGCUCCAAACACCAGAACAACUUGAAGACCAAAUGAACUUUGAUGGAACACCGAGGGUCCUUAAAUACAACAACGAUACUCUUGAAACCAUCUAAGGGUCUGUCUGCCCCUCUGAGUUAAACUUAUGUUACAACAAGACAGAAGACGAAUUUAAAUGUCUUUGUGGUAUGGACGCUACCAAUACAGAAGAUACUCAGACUUGGAUGGAUUAUGAGAAACCACAGUGCAUUUGAGUAAAUUUGUAAAUAAGAUUGUGAACCCUGAACAUUAUAAAGUAUUUAUUUAAAGCAUGUAGAAUGGACACAAUUAUGGCAUUCAUAUUAUUAUUAAUGUGGUGCUGCAUUUGUUAAAAAACAAUAAUUUAUUUUGUUUAUAUGUUUUACUUUAAAUGAAUGUGUCAGAUCUGAAGAUUCUGUUUAGGAGUGAAAAUGACCGUAUCUUCUUUGUGAUAUUUUGUACAUAACUAUCAGGAGGUACUGCUCUCUAAUGGUAAUAAAAGCGAAUGUUUGGAUAUCUCGAGGUUGCGUUUAACACGAAGGUAAUGGACCAAAGUAAAGUAAUUGUUAUAAAACCUCUUUAAAACACUUUUCUUUGAAAUCCAAUCAUAAACAUGCAUUUCAUUGCUUUAGCUUCAUCAAGACAUUCUAGUCAUUAUUGUUCCUGCUAAAAGUUCAGAAUAUGCUUUUCAAUGCUUGCAAUAAAAGUGCAUUACAAAAUGGUAUUAUAAUGAGCUACAGUCUCAAAUGUAUGUAGUCUCAAAGAAAGAACACCUUGAGGUAGUGAGUCAUGCAUUCUUCAGAUGAAGUUAUUAGUGUGCUCGGGUUAUUUUGGGGAGUGUCUUUGAUGGGGUCAUUUUGCUUUCGCAAAGAACUAAAGACUGAUUUUUCUUGUGCAGCAAUGUGUCAUAGCCUAAAAAAGGGAAUUAUUCCCACAACGACCACUAGAAGUGUUUUAAAUGAAGCCGUCACUCCAGCUUUGUUUACUUGCAAUUGUUUUGUCUGUUUGAAUGGCUUCCUAGAGAAUAAAGACAU